UUUUCUCAAUAAAAGAAAAAAUAAUAACAUAGACAUACGUCACCUAUGUCUAUAUAUACAUCCAAGAAAGACCACCUGUGUAUGAAUGAUAUAACCUUAAAUCCAGAAAAGCCAGAGACUAUUACAAGAAAGAGCAUAUUAGUCUGAUCAUUUUCCACAAACAAUGAUGUCCUCAUCAUCAUCAUCAUCAUCUGCCACCGAUAUUAUCACUAAGCCGCCGCCGUCGUCGGCUGUUGAGUCUGUCACGUGCGACACGUGCGGUUUCGCUGAGGAGUGCACGCCGGCUUACAUCCACCGCGUCAAGGAACGCCACAGGGGACACUGGCUUUGUGGGCUCUGCGCGGAGGCUGUGAAGGACGAGGUGGUUCGAUCUCCGACAAGAAUCUCCGUCGAGGAAGCUCUUCGCCGCCACACAACGUUCUGCCACCGGUUUCGUUCAUGGAGCGCGGAGGAGGAGGAGGAAGAUCCUAUUGCAGUCAUUGGAAGAAUUCUACGGAGGAGUCUCGAUGGCUCUCCUCGGAGAACCACCACGAGGACGAGCUCAAGCGGAGCUUUGCCUGGGGUCGACGAUGUAGCGGCACGACGGUCGCUUCUCCGAUCUGGGAGCUGUUUCUCGUCUCUCUCUACUUGAUUAAAUAUGUUAGGUGUAAAGUUGCAUUUUGCUUUUCCUAAAUUUUUGUUAAAGAUUUGUUAUUUUGUAUGACGUUAGUCUUUCUUAAUAUGAUUCAGUGAGUUAAUAAAAUGGUCAAUGACCAAAGCAUUCUGUGAUC